UUCUCCAUACACACUCGAUAGAAGCAAAAACAGAAAACACAGUGACAACAUAACCAUAUAUGGCAACCAUGUAUCUAACUAAGAACGCUUUCUUCAAAAUGUCAAGGGCCUUCCCUCAGAGCCCUUCUCUUUCCUUCCGAUCUUUUCACGCCCGUACCCGUAGAGUCUCGAGAGUUUCCUUCACUCCUGUUUCCAAGUACUCAGAGGGUCGUAAUGCAGCAGAUGAUAUGAGCGAUGCAGCUUCUAUCAUUGCCGACAGCAUCAACAAAUCCAUGAGAGAAGCUGGGCGCUAUGCUUCCGGCAUGCCUGAAAGAGAAAAGGAAACCAUGUAUGACGGCAUGGAUAAUGCAAACAAGUAUGGGAAUGACAUGAACGACGACAUGACGAACAACACGGCGUGGUCGGCGGUCGACAAGGCUAAAGAAGGAACCCAGAGGGCAAACCAAACUGCAGAGGACAUGAUGAACAAGACGAGGGACACGGCUUCGUCGGCAGUUGACAGGACCAAGGAAGGAAUGAACCGAGCAAAGGAAACCGCACAGGACAUGGGGAACAGGACCAGCGGCAUGGCUGGGUCGGCUGUCGACAAGGCCAAGGAAGGAACGCAGCGAGCAAGCGAAACUGCAGAGGACAUGAGGAACAAAACGGGUGAGACGGCUUCGUCGGCAGCUGACAGGGCCAAGGAAGGAAUGAACCGAGCGAGGGAAAUCGCACAGGACAUUGGGAACAAGACGAGCAGCAUGGCUGGGGCGCCCGUCGACAAGGCGAAGGAAGGAACGCAGCGAGCAUGGGAAACUGCACAGGACGUGACAAACAAGACGGGUGGGAUGGCCGGAACGGCGGUGGAUAAGACAAAGGAAGGAGCGAGUCGGGUGACAGGAACAGCACAGGACGUGGCAAGCAAGACGGGCGACGUUGCGGGUUCAGUGGCAGAAAGGGCGAAGCAGACGGUGCAGGGUGCAUGGGAGGCGGCCAAGGACACAACCAACAAGGUGAAAGAAACGGUGGUGGGGAAGGCGGAGGAAGUUGAGGAGUCGGCGGCGGAUGACGAUAUCGAAGAUCUGAGGAGGAAUGCGGGAGCGGGACGUUAUUAUAAGGAGUGAAGGACGUAAUUCGCUUUGCUUU